AUGUCCCAAACUGCACGAUUCGAGGCGGGUCUGACGACCCUGCAAGCAGAAGCCAUCAAGCUGAAAGAGAUUGCCGACCAAUUGAACGAGCAGAAUGCCUCUGCUAAGGCCAUGGAUUUGAUCGUUCUGAUCAAAGCAUUCAACCUGCUGGGAGGCUCCUCGGCACCGAUGAUGUCUCGCCAGCCCAAGACAAAUAGCAAUGGUGUUUUGGACGAAGGGUCCCAGAUCGCUGCCGCGCUUACUCACUUCAUUCAGAUUCACCAGCAGUUGCUGAAUAUAACGAUCGGAUCAAGCGGUGCCUCGGGACCGCCCAUGCUAAGCACUCCGGUCGCAGCAGCGUUACACCAAGCUGAGAGAGUUGUGGAUACGAUAGCCUAUGAACUGAUCCAAGCCAUGCCGAAGAUUGAGGGCCAGGUUAGCGGCGAGGCUGCAAAGAAGGCCGAGGCCGACUAUAAGCAGGGUGUCGUGAACUCUAUAGCCAGCAAGAUUCACGAGCCGUGGAUGGCAAAUUAUGCCCCGGGCCUGCAGUCUGGCUUGAAAGAGACCGCAACGAUUAUCGACAACCUCGGAGACUAUCUGCAGAAGGCGACACCCCAGGGCAUUGCAGGGGACGAUGUGACCAAACUGCGCCAGGCCGUCUCUGAUCAAUCCUAUGUUAUCACUCUUGAGAGGUCCAUGAACAGAAGCAUUAUCUCCUUAUGA